UGUGUUGUUACAGAUGGCAUCGUUUGAGCUCCCACUUCCUGGUGGAAUUAUGCCAGGCCUUGUGAUCACAGUAGACGGGGAGCCUGUCCCUGGUGGAGAAUGGUUCAAAGUUGAUUUCGUCAAAGGUUCAGAUGUCGUCUUUCACUUCAAUCCUCGAUUUUCUGAGGAAACAAUUGUCAGAAACUCCAAUGUAGAUGGAUCUUGGGGGCCAGAGGAGCGGGAAGGAGGCUUUCCAUUUGUUCAGGGACAGCGUUUUGAGCUGAAGAUCCUUGUGGAGGAGGACUCGUUUAAAGUGGCGGUGGACGGCACCCACCUGCUGGAGUACGAGCACCGAGUCGGCGGGCUGGAGGAAGUGACCCUGCUGCGAGUGACGGGAGACGUCGUCCUGCACAGUGCUGCCCCGAGCAUGAUCUGAGUCCCAGAGCUACUAAACCACAUGCUGUACAGGAGUCCUGGGUCACCCUUUCCACCGUAUUUGAAAUCCUUUCAAAUACCUUGAUGAAGUUUUUGAGGCAAAAUAGUCAGCAAAGUGCAAUCUUUGCCCACCUGGCACUUAGUCAUUAAUCUUUGUGUUGUCUUUACCGUCGUCCAUGAGCUUUUGGAGCUUUUUUAAACUUGUUUGUCC